AUGGAGGCAUACAAGAAGCAGCAACACAUCUAUACUGCUAUGUCGAGUGAUCAGCUCCUCCAGGGGCUGAUGAAUAUGUUCGAGGAAAUACCAUCGAAAAUCCUCGAAUACCCUCAGAUGAGGAGAGACAUAAAACAGUUCCUGGAGGAGAGAGCCGAUAAAGGGAUAAAGGUAGCCUUCGAGCUCAGCAGCCGAAUACAGAGGCUAGAAGCCGAAGGCCAAGCAGCAGGGGCGCCCUCAAGGACAGCGUUGUCCGAUGGGCAUGAGGACGUCCUAAAAAGGCUGGGAGAGAUGGAGGCGGCGCUGACGCAGCGAAUCAACGAGAUGGAACAAACCAUCCAGACAGAUCUCCAAGGACUCGACGUUAGUGCCGACGUCCGAGGCUCCGACUUGCGCGGCAGGAUCGACGACAAGCUUGGGGAGACUAAGGCGGCCGUGGAGCGAAAGACUGAGGAGGUCGGUGAGCGCACGUUCGGCCUCCUUAAAAGGCUGGCCGUCGAUAUUGCCGAGGAUGUCGAUGUAGCCAAAAAAGAAAGGAAGGAGAUCCUCGAGGUCACGAAAGGACUGAUGAGUGUAAAUUUAGCCCCAGUUCCAGUCCAGGCGCCAAAAUCCUACGCCAGCGUCGCAGCAGCCAAACCCGCAUACCGCCCAGCACUUCACUCGAUGGCGGUCACCUCCGAGGGUGGUCAGGAGACCGCGGACGAGGUGCUCGCCAGGGUGAAAAGGGCGGUCGAUGCUAGAAAUACAGGCCUCAAAAUAAACAAAGCUAGAAAGGCAAAAAACCAGACUGUUAUCCUAGGCUGCGACACAGUAGAACAGAUGGAAAGAUUAAAAGAAAGGAUAGAGAGUCGCGGAGAAGGACUACAGGUGGCGCCCAUGAAGAACAAAAAUCCUCUGAUAAUUUUGAAGGACGUUUACGUGGACGGUGAAGAUGAGGAUUUGCUAAAGGCACUUCACGCCCAAAAUAGGGAGAUCUUCAUGGGCCUUCCUGAACAAGACGCUGAAAUAAGCAUAAAAUAUAAGAAACGCACUAAAAACCCGAACGCGAAACACGUCAUACUCCAAGUGCGGCCAAACGUAUGGCGGAGAAUGACGGAGGCUGGAGCCCUGUAUCUUGACCUUCAAAGGGUCAGGGUGGAGGACCAGUCUCCGGUCAUCCAAUGCACGCGGUGCCUAGCGUUUGGUCACGGUCGGAAAUUUUGCACCGAGAGUGUGGACAGGUGCAGUCACUGUGGGGGACCCCAUCUGCGCGAAAAAUGCACAGAGCUUAUCGCGGGUAACGAACCGCAGUGCUGCAACUGUUCACACUCUGGGCUGCGGAAGACCGACCACAACGCUUUCAGCGUCGAAUGUCCUGUGCGGAAAAAAUGGGACUACCUGGCUCGCGCAAACACGGCUUACGCCUAA